AUGCCCGCCGACCACACUGAAAAACAGGCGGCCGCCCAGGCUGCCGUCGACAUCCUUCACGAGAUGUCCACCAUCCUUAAUUGCCAGCUGGACCGCCGCACGCUGUCAAUCUGCAUCUCCAUGAUCGAGAAUGGCGUCAGUCCCGUUGCCCUAGCACACGCUAACUAUACCGUUCCUCCACAUAAGAGAGCUGUGGUGAAGCUGCGCGAGACAGGCCAGCAGGUGGAGCAAUACAUGGCGACGCAACAGAACCGAUAG